UCAGCUGCUCUUGAUUACCGUCCAAUCGAGCCAGCCGUUGCAGCCUCACUGGCCGCGGCAUCGAUCUGCUCUUCGCUGAAUCUGUACUUGUUCAAUUUCUCCCCACAGGUUUCUACCCAGUGGAAAGUCGAUAAAGCGCUACCGCGUAAACACCGCCUCGACCCUAUAUAAAGCCGCGCUGGUGCUGUCUACCUGUAUCAAUACAAAUCAAAGCAAUUUUUUCUCAAUUCUUGAAAGCAAAUUACUUGUGAAGAUUUUUUCUGACUUUUGAGUUACGAGUUUUCAACGACUUACUGCAAUCAUGUCCAAUCAACAGAAUCAGAACCAACAGCAACAGCGCCAACAGGAUCAGCAGCAGCUGAACCAGGAUCGCAAUCAGCAACAACAGCAACAGGAUCGCAAUCAGCAGCAGCGCGACCAGGACAAACAGAACCAGCAACAGCAGGGCCAGCAACGCGAUCAACAACAACAGCAACGCGAGCAACAACAACAGCAACGCGAACAACAACAAAACCAACAACAACGUCAACAACAGCAGAACGGUCAGAACCAACAACAACGCGACCAGCAGCGUGACCAACAGCAGCAGAACCAGGCCGGUCAACAGAACCAGCAGCGUGACCAGCAAAACCAGCAGCGUGACCAGCGUGACCAACAGAACCAGGGCCAACAGUGGGAACAGCGCCAGGAUCGCCAGGACCAACAGCAACAGGACCGUCUGCAGCGCGAACAGAAGGAACAACAGCAGCGUGAACAGGAGCACCGCCAGGAACAGCAACAGGCGCACCAACAGAAAGGUCAAGGUCAACAACAGGAUCAGCAACGUAACCAGCUGCAACAAGGAAAUCAGCAACAGCGCAAUCAGCAACAGGAGCAGCAGCGCAAUCAACAACAACAGGGCCAGCAGCGCGACCAGAGCAAGGAGGAGUUCAAAUCCAUGCAGGACCAGACCCAGGACUGGCAGAACUCGCUGCGCCACAACGACCAGCAGCCGGCGCAGAAGCACAACACGGAGGGCAUCGCCCAGCGUCAGCAGGCCCAUCGCCAGGAAGCCACUGCCGACAAGAACCUCCACUAAGCAGUCCGCUGCACACUGGAGGCUUCGUUCGCUGGCUUGGCUAUGCCUGUAUAUUGAGUAUUCCUGCUUCUCAUCGUCCACGAUACGUACAAUAAUCGCAUGCUGAUUUUAUUGAUAUUUCUGCAGCGAACGACUAGCUAGUCGAUUUUCCUCAUUAUUUUAGUUCCGAUUUGAUUAUUUUCAAAGCUUGUAGAGUGCAUCUCAGUUCUAUGGGAUUUUAUUCGAUGCAUCUGCGUUGUAUGUAGAUGUCGUUUGUAUAUACAGAGGGUUAUUCAGCCAAGUGUGUUCACCUUCGAAAAAAAAUUCUUAUAAAUCGGCUUUUGGUUG